GUUACGUCAAGAUCAAUCCCAAUUUGUGGUUUUAGCCAGUUGAAUAAUCGAAAAAAGACUAAUUUAUUAAUAAUAUCACAGUUUAUUUCACAGUUAAAUGUAGUUAGUUCAUCAAUGAAAUGUGGUAAUGGCUUAGUGGUGUCAGUCAAGUUUGGUUGAGCAUAAAGCGGCGGUGCAAUAAAAGUUCUGCAUCUGUAAAGCGGUGUGUGCUCAACCGGUCCAAGGUGUAUAACGCUUCCUAACUUCCGCAUGUGGCAGAAGCUUCGCUCUGAUUUGAACCACGUUCAAAAUAUUUUUGGCUAACUGCAACGCUUCAUUUUCACCACGUCGCGCGCGGCUUUAACCACACUACUACUAACACAGGCUUGAGAUCUACAUAUGUACAUAGAUGAUAUUAUGGCUCGCACGAGUUCACCACAGCGCAGCCGCAAACUAUCCACAACGUAGCUGAUUGAGCCAAGUGAACGAGUUUCCAUUGCCGCUGCUGCAGUUUCUUAAGCUCUCUUUCAACCUGCCUUACUACUUGGCAGCCGUCACAUUGUAAUAAGCUGCGUGAGCCACCGACGCUGUCAGCGACAACAGACACUUUGUUGGAGCUGCUGGAGUCAGACGCAAGUAAUCGUCGUUCCGUGGUCGUCUUUAACGUAUUUCAAUUACUAAGUCACUGUGCGUGUGCAGCAAAUUUCAUAUUAUGUGCAAUAGAGUUUACAAGUGAUAAUCGAUGCUAAAUAAAAAGGAAAUUAUUUUGUAAAUAAUAUUUGAUUUCGCGUGCAUUUACGAGUUAUCAACAAAAAUUAAAAAAAAAAAACAACGAAAACAUAAGCUAGUGACAUGUGUCCUUAUAUGAAUAAUUAAAAAAAGUUUAACCUAUAAAGGACCUCCUAUUGGCCAGCGGGCGACCUUAAACAAUCCAUAAAAAAUCCCAUAAAAAUAAAAGUAAAAGGUGUAUACCAAUGAAGGGCAUACAAAUUAUUUUAUAAACCCGUUGAACACAUCCUACGAGUAUAAUAAAUAAUAUAAGCAAAAUACAAAAAAAUUAUUAAAAUAAAAACGCCUAGGAAAGUGUUACAUCCGAAUCUUUGCAUAUAUUUAAACUUGAAGCAAUACAUUUGUACGAAAAUGGCCUGUUUAAGCACUUCCGGUCGUCGAGGACUUAACGUUGUCGUCGGUACUCGAAACCACCAAACUCAAAAAUAUCUUUGCCAAUUAUUUUUGCAACAAAAAAUCAACAGAUCGUUUUGCUCAAGCGCGGCCAUUGCUACAGCGUUGCUUGGGAAAAGCGCUACAGGCCACAUGUCCUCGCUGUUGCCACAGCGCAAGUUUCAUGGAGUGGGUGUGGUAAUGCAACGUAACACCGCCAUGACAGCAGGACAGGAUUAUUUUGCCAAUUUGCAGCACACAAGCGGAACCUGCAACAGCAACAGCAGCAGCAGCACAACAAGCACAAACAACUCAAAUGCAAAUAAUAAAAGCUCUAAUCCUACAACAAUAACAGGCAGUUGCCGUCAAUAUAGUUCGGUGCAUACGCAACAGCCAGCUGGGCCGGUGCGAGAGCUACAAAUCGAUCCUUACAUCAUAAUUGAAGACGAUCUGAAAUAUUUCUACGAUGAUGUCAGAGACCUCCUGCGGCAGGGCACGAGUCAGACGGAAUUGGAUAAGAUCGCCACGUACUACUUCGACGGCCAGGGCAAAGCGCUGCGACCAAUGGUUACUAUGCUGAUGGCCAGAGCGAUAAACUACCAUUUAAAUAAGGAAUCAAGCAAUUUGCUGCACAAACAAAGAUUCAUUGCGCUCUUCUCUGAAAUGGUCCACUCAGCAAGUCUGGUGCAUGACGAUGUCAUCGAUCAAUCGGAUUUUCGACGCGGCAAACCAAGCGUGAAUGCGUUGUGGAAUCAUAAAAAGGUUACAAUGGCUGGUGAUUACAUUCUGUCAAUUGCAUCGAUUAUGAUUGCACGUCUGAAGAGCGACGAUGUGACGAUUGUUCUAAGUCAGAUUUUAACCGAUCUGGUUCAAGGCGAAUUCAUGCAACUUGGCUCAAAGGAAACCGAAAAUGAGCGGUUUGCGCACUACCUGACCAAGACAUACAGGAAGACGGCCUCACUCAUAGCGAACGCGCUGAAAGCGACGGCCGUAAUUGCUGAAGCUGAUGAAAACAUCACCGAAUUGGCAUUCCAAUAUGGCCGCAAUGUAGGCUUGGCGUUUCAGCUGGUCGACGAUAUGCUGGACUUUGUCUCCUCCGCGGAUACAAUGGGCAAGCCAACGGCCGCCGAUCUAAAAUUGGGUCUCGCCACGGCGCCGGUGCUCUUCGCAUGCGAAAAGUAUCCCGAACUCAAUCCGAUGAUAAUGCGCAGAUUUACCGAACCCGGUGAUGUCGAACGUGCCUUCGAACUAGUCCACAAAUCGCACGGACUCGAACAGACGCGCUUCUUGGCCAAAAAGCACUGCAUCGAAGCGAUACGAUUGACGCAGGAGCUGACAGAGUCGCCAUACCAAAAGUGUCUGCAAGUGGUGGCGGAUUUAGUCAUUAACCGUAUGAAAUAAUAGUUUAAGUCUGGGUGCAGGGGGCAGCUGGUGCAACAAAAAAUGUGCAACAUAAAGAAAAUAAUAAUAAAAAUUAAAUAACGCAACUACACACCGUGGGUGGCUUUGCCAAACAAACAAACAAACACAUUUGAAAAGAUUCAUAAAUUCAAUACACUUACACAUUUUAUAUAUAUGUAUAAUAUAUAUGCACACACACCUACAUAUAUAUACAUUAAUUUGUAAUUAUAAUAAAAAUAAUUAUAAAACGAAAAAAAAGAGUCCAAAAUAAAUUAUAAAUAGAUUUUAUAUGCAAAAAUAUUAUGUUAGCAAAAAAUAAAAAAGAAUAUAUAUAAAAAAAUACACACACACAAAGUAAAUACGUAACAAGCAGCGCAAAAAUUAAACGAUUGCAAUUUGUUCGACUCUUUGUAUGUAUGUUUAUGCAAGUUACUUGAAAUUGUGCAAACAACAAAAUCGGACAAAUAUUUGCACAAAUUUGCUAAUAAACUGCGAAAAAUUAAAAAAAAAAAAAUCAUGCAAUUUUUUGUUUAAAACACAGAAAUAUUAUUUUAAUAAUGUUAUGCUUUAGUGUGUAAGUCUUGUUGACAUUGUAAAUAAUUUAUAGUAAUUUAAAAGGGAAGAAGAAAAAUACAAAAUGAAAAAAAAUCAUGCAGCCAAUCAGUUGGACC